AUGAUGCGGACUGCAGUGGUCAUCCUUUUGCUGGCAUCAACUGUGGCAGCUUUCAACACCCAUCGACAGCCAUGUAAAGUUUCAACUGAAUUGUUCGGGAGCACCAAACCAAAGAAGAGUGUCUCAUACGGAGAAGAAUCUCGCAAAUUUCGGCGCACCAUCUACACUCACGAUGACUGGGUCAAGCACAGGUCGAACCGUUUUGCUCGAAGUAUCCUUUCCUUCAAAUCUUCAGGGAUAUACAAAAACAUUGGUAGAGAAGUAUUGCUCACAACCGCUGUCGCAACUUUCGUCGUUCUAUGGAACAUGGUUGCUUGUGGAUUCAAGGGUUUGGACGGAGUUGUACAUCCGAGUCCCUUCCCGUCCCGUCUUCUGACAAAGCUAACGUUGCCUCUAGCUCCUUUCACACUGGCUAGCCCUUCACUUGGUUUGUUACUCGUUUUUCGAACGAACUCAUCGUAUCAACGAUGGGAUGAAGCACGAAAGAAUUGGGGCAUGAACAUCAAUCACACAAGAGACCUUGUGAGGACGGGGGUUUCUUUCUACGACAAGACUGGGGUGAGCGAUAAACAGCGUGAAGAAGACUUGAAACGGCUCUCGCGCUGUACCUGGUCGUUUGUUAGAGCAAUGAAACGACACCUGUCUCCGGAAGACGAUGAAACCGAUUUCAAAAAAGAGAUGUAUGAAAAGCUCUCAGUGGGUCAGGCCGAAGCUGUAAUAAAGGCUGUCCAUCGCCCCAAUCGAGCGCUUCAUGACCUCUCCAUGGCUAUUGAGAACCUCCCAAUGCACUUUUUGCGAAAGAAUCAAAUGCACAAGUCAAUCACAAUUUUCGAAGACAACCUUGGUGGCAGUGAACGCCUUCUCACUUCACCAGUUCCACUUUUUUAUUCCCGACACACCGCUCGAUUCUUGAGCUUUUGGCUGAUUUUGCUUCCAUUCGCGCUCUUUGAUGCUUUUGCGAGUACGUGGAACCAUGUGGGGAUCAUUCCAACUACAUCCAUCAUCAGUCUAUUCAUGUUCGGUAUCGAAGAGUUAGCCACCCAAAUGGAAGAACCUUUUACUAUCCUUCCCAUGCAAGCAUUUUGUGAUAAGAUUGGCAACUGGUGUAACGAGAUUGUUUCUUGGGAACCUGACGCCCGCUUGGAUUCCUGA